CUCCAAUAAAACCUCACAUGUUUCUCAAAAAACCAACCCUAGCUAGCAUGUACACAUAUAGAUAUUCCACAUACUUUCGCACUCACACACACAAACAGUGAGAGAGGAAAUGAAUGAAUGAAUGAAGAUGAAUAUAUGGAGUCCAUGCAAGAUCUUGGCGAUUGAGUUUGAGGGGCUUGUUGAAAAGUUUGAGGAGGUGGAGGGAGCUCACUAUCAAAGUUCCCACCUGCAAGCCACGUGAAGUGGUACAAUUAUACUUGGUAUUUUCCUAUCCACUAGCCUCCCAAAUAUCCCUCUCUUUUAAAAGGACCAACUAAGUACUACUGUUUACCCAAAAGAAAUUUUUUAAAAGAAAAAGAUGGUUCUUUGUCUCCAAUAAAUUCCUCUUCUUUGGUCCUUUACCUCCUCACCAUCUUUUUAUUCAAAACUAACUCUCUCUCUCUCUCUCUCAACACCCCAUGGAGGUCUAGCCGUACUAUAGCUUUGCUGUCUUUCUCAAGCUCUAGUCCUUGACUAAUAAGAGAGGUAAGUGCAUAGUCUCUUCCUCUUUCUCUCACACAAACACAGACACGCACGCACGCACACACAAAGAUACAUACACAUACAGUGUAUCUUCAGGCUGUCUUUCUCAAGCUCAGGUGGAAAACAGUAAAAUAUGGCUGUCUUUCUCAAGUUUAAUUUCCACUUGCAGAUUUCUCGAGGUUAACCAAAAAAAAAAAAAAAAAAAGAAUUGAAACACGUUGAAGGAAACGUCGUUCUCAAAGUUCUAGCUAGCGGUACUACCACGCGUUUGUCACAAGGACUAGCUAGGGUUGUCCAAAUGCAAUUAAAAUCACAGAUGUAUACUUCAAACAGUAACAAUGGCAAUGACCCCAUUUCCUACUGUGACCAACCAUUUUUCCAAAGGCCUUUAUUCAAUGACAUCAACAACCCCAAUUCCAAUUCCAAUUCCAAACAUGAAGACCCAUCUCUUUUAUCUUUUCUCAACUUUCCCUCUCUCUUUGAAGAUGACUAUGUUUUCUUCCCACACAACCAUGACAUGUUAUUUCAAAUCCAACACCAAUCUUGCUUAUUGAGACCUGACAAUAAUACCAUAACUGAAACCACUGUCCCCAACAGUAUUAACAUGGUCGAUUCCAACAAAAAUCACAUCAACAUGGCCGAGCAGAUCCCAAGAAAAAGAUCUUGCAAGAGAGAUCGGCACAGCAAGAUUAAUACAGCUCGUGGACCAAGGGAUCGGAGAAUGAGACUGUCCCUUAAAGUUGCCCCGGAGUUUUUUGGUCUUCAAGAAUUGCUAGGCUAUGACACGGCUAGCAGAACCGUUGAAUGGUUACUACUGAAGUCUAAGGAUGAAAUCAAGAAGCUAGAGAGAGAGAAGAAGCGAAAUAGCAGUAGUACUAGUACUGUUGGUGGCAGCAAGAGUGCUAAUUCUUCUGCUUCUGAUGAGUGUGAAGUUGUAUCUGGUAUCGAUGAUGUUGCAGUUAAUUGUGACGGAGAUCAACAGGGCAGUGUUUCCCAAGAGAAACCCUCGACUAAAGAGAAGAAGAUUAGGCACUCACAGUCAAGGAAGAGUGCAUUUCACCCACUUGCAAGGGAGUCAAGGGAAAAAGCAAGGGCAAGAGCAAGGGAAAGGACUAAAGCAAAGUUGAUGAGGAGUCAAGUAGAUGACUCAAAGUUAUGUGAAGAAGCAAGCAGAUUAGGUUCUUGGAGUCCCUUUGAAACUGGGGAAGAAUCUGGAACACAAAGCCAAAACAUGAACCCUUCAUCCUUGGAUUUGGAGGUGCUACCAGAGGCUGAAGAAGGAAGCUCCACUCAUGCCCGAGAUCAUUCAGGGGCUGUAGAAGACAUGGUUAAUAGUGAGGAUUACUUGGUGCUUUUGGCUAUGCACAGCACAGGAAUUCCUCAAGAGCUUCAAUUUUCAGAAUUUCCAUUCUUUGGCAAACCAUGGGAGCCCUACAGCAAUAAUAAUCAAUGCUAACCGGGAUUAUCCCCAGCAUCAUCGAUGCAUCAAGUGAAUAAACAUUAGCAGUAUGAAAAAUGAUGCUUUCUUUCUGUUUGGAAUGUAAUAUAGGAAAGUAUCUCUUCUUGUGCAAUUUCUUAUGAAUUAUCUUGUAAACGAUUGUUAUGUCUUUCACUUUAUAAUAAGAAGGUUAUCUUU